AUGUCUGGAGAAAGCUGUACUAACGGUGCUGCAGUUAAGGUUGAUGAUAUCAAUGAUAUACGGAUACUCAAGUUAUCGAGUGUGGGCAUUGCGCUUGUAACCGUGGCAGCGCUGAUGAUCGCCGUCGAUCCACUACAGAUUCUUAUCGAUAAUCAAUUGACCCUGAAAACUGGCACGCUACUGUAUAAUUUGUGGCUAAAGCCGCCGCUUGAGGUGUUCAUCAGUGUUUAUAUGUUCAAUGUCACCAAUGUGGAAGCGUUCAUGAGCGGACGUGAUACCAAAUUGAAAGUGUCGGAGGUGGGUCCUUACGUGUAUCAGGAGGUGUUGGAGAAUCGCAAUGUAUUAUUUAAUGAUAAUAAAACAGUCACUUUUACGCCCCAACGAAGUGUGCGAUUUAUACGCGAACGUUCGAUUGGCGAUCCGAAGGUUGAUAGGAUCAUUGCGCCAAACAUACCUUACUUGGGUGUAAUGUCUGCGGCCUCAGCCUACUCGAUUUUUGCCACAAUGGCAGUGAAUGCUUUGACGAAGAAGUUCCACUCGCGACCGAUGUUACAGUUAAGCGUGCACGACUAUUUGUGGGGCUAUGAGGAUCCACUGGUGCAUUUGGCGUCGAAAGUGGUGCCGAGUGUUAUACACUUUCAACGUUUCGGUUUGAUGGAGCGGAUGUUCGAUGAAGGUCAUAAUGUGGUUACAAUGAAAUUGCCCAAAACGAUUGGCAGCAACAACAACGCCCAGGUUGAGGAAUUUGAUCGAGAUUUUUCUAUUGACAAUUGGAACGGCAAGACGGGUUUCAGAAACUGGGAUUACCGUGAGGAUAGCAACACAAGCAGAACUCCUUGUAAUACACUGCGUGGCACAUACGAUGGCACUUUGUUUCCACGUAACAUUCAUAAAGGUGAAACAUUUCGUGUCUACCGUAAAGCUUUCUGCCGCAGCUUACCUAUACAAUAUUCUCAUCCCGAGACCGUUAACGGUUUCAAAGGUUAUAAAUUCAAAUUGAAAGAAAAUGCCUUUGAUAGUGAUCUUGGCGAUGCGGAAACGUCUUGUUAUUGCAAGAAUAAGCGUUGCCUGAAGAAGGGUCUUGGAAAUAUUGCCCCUUGCUACUACAAUAUUCCGCUGGCAGUUUCAUUUCCUCACUUCUUCAACGGUGACCCUACUUUGUUGGAGACAAUUGAAGGUUUGAAGCCGGAUAAGGAAAGACAUGGUACUGACAUCAUUAUACAACCGCAAUUGGGCAUACCGAUGAGAGUACGUUCCCGCUUUCAAAUAAAUUUACUAAUGGGCGAUGUGAAUUACAAUAGAGAUGUAUCGCAGCUGAAAAAUAUGGCUUUACCAAUAUUCUGGAUUGAAAUGGGCGUUGAGGACCUAACGCCGGGUGUGAAAAUGUUACUAACACUACUAUUCCGCGUCUGCCCUUGUCUACAGUGGGGACUUGUAAUAACGCUCAUUCUCCUCGGUAUAUACUUGAUGAGCAGUGCAUUACUGUACUGUUUCUGGGUGCCACAGUCAUGGGCCAAUACGUUCAAUGCGACCAAAGAACAAGUCAUAAAUGCGGAGGCCGGCAUAAAGCCGAAUGUAGCCUUUAUACCAUUGCUGAAGCAGCCAACAAUAGUGGAAUUGAAAAAAUUGCCACCAAAAACAAAAUUGGUUAGUCAUGCGAAAUAUGAUUACGAUGUAACGUUAUUGCCACUGCGUGGUAACCCGGCGACGUAGAGCUUUAUGUGCUUGUGUACGGGGGGACCACAAAAUACCCAACUGUGAUAAUACGAACUAAGUUUAAUAUUUACAUUUUUUGUUUUUAUUAUAUAAAUUAUGAAUUUUGGGCGAAACCCGGCAGAAGUGGUUUGAUAAUCAUUAUGUUUAUACCAUUUUUCUAUUUAUACUACGUUAACUGUAAUUAGGCUAUUUAACAAUUUUGUAUUCGACGACUUUUUAUGUACAUAAAUUAUUGCA